GUUACACUCACCAGUGAUUGUCGAGGUGAGGUUGAGAUCUGGCUGACUUCACCAAUGGGGACAAAGAGUAAACUGUUGAGCAAACGACCGUUUGAUAACGACGUGGCUGGAUUCCACGCAUGGCCGUUCAUGUCUGUCCACUUUUGGGGCGAAAUGGCUAAUGGAACUUGGACCCUCACUGUCCACUCUGGUCAUGCUGUCGGAUUGGUAAUUGUUUAUAUUCCCUUCAUUGUCCGAUUGCGAUGGGUCUCAUUCAUUGGAUGGAGUCUAACGCUCUAUGGAGUGAGUUCUAAACCUCCCCAUCAUCCUUCUCUAACCAAAUCAGCGGGUCCAAAUCCUUCCACUCCACGAAGUACCAGAGAAAGACAUCCACUUGCUUCAAUGUUGGAGGAACAUGAACCUCCUGGUGUUCUAUCUCGGCCUAAGUCGCCCCAACCACAGUCCUCAAUAGGAUUUAAUGCAAAAUCACCCUCCGCUGGAUUCCCUCCCGAUGCCUAUGCCGUGGAAAUCGAUGGAAACCUUCCCCUGCUUCCUCCACCCUUUCAACUCCCAUUUGAUCCAAACUACAUGAACAUCUGGAGUGAGUCAAUCAUUGAUAACGCUGGAAACGAUAGGUGGCAUGGUACUGGUGGCAACAACCAUCGCUCUCAUCCAAUACUUUCGAAUGGGGUUAGAAAUGGUAUUCAUCAGUAUCAGAACCCCUAUGCUGGUGGCUAUGGGCUAGAACGGUUAAAUUCACCCCGAAAAUCGACCACUAGUGGAGACGAGAAUGGGGGCGUUGGUGGAUGGCAGAGAAUUGACCUCCCGCGACAAUCAGCAGGUAAAUCAGUGAAGUCUUCCUCGGUGUGGUGGUUGAAGGAUAAAGUAAAUGGAGCAUCUACCGACAUCGUCGCUACGUGGUCCUCGCUUUUCGCUAUUUUUUAUACUUUCGUUCGUCUGCUUGUCUGA